UUGAGUAUCACUUCAGCUUUCAAGGUCUGCAGUUGACAGUUGUUACAAUUUAUUAAAGCGUGUUAAUUUAAAAGCAACACAAAAUUUCUUGUGAAGUUUUUUCUUAAAAACUUUUAAAAAACCAAAAAGUGAGAAUGUUUACCUGGAGACAUAAAUGUAUAAUAGGUUUUCUAAUAUUAUGUAAUUUUGGUGUUUCAUUUGCACUUUUUGAAUAUUGUAAUAAUUCAUAUUAUAAUUCGGAACCUAAUCGGAUUUAUAAUUUAUAUUCACCGUUUUACCCUGAAAAUUAUAUGCCAAGGACCUCCUGUUUGUAUACAAUAACUGUUCCAGAAGAUUAUGAAAUUGUUGCAGAUUGCACUUUAUCAAUUCCCAAGGGAGGAAACUCAUGUACAACAGAUGUUUUCUUUAUCUCACGAGAUGGUGACCAGAGUUUAAAUGGAGCUCAGCAAAUUUGUGGUUCUGGGAAUCUAACAAGGACUUCGGUAUUUAACAAAAUUGUUUUAGCUUACAGUGCAUCAUAUGACAGUCCAGGUGGUCGCUUCUUUUGUAAAUUAACAACUAGACGUCAAGCGUGUGACUGUGGCUGGUUUACAAAAACAAGAAUAGUUGGAGGCCGGGAAGCCACCCAAUAUGAAUAUCCGUCAAUUGUUAGUCUUCGGGAUAAAAACACAAGAGAACAUAACUGCGGGGGAACUAUAAUUAACCAUCGUUACAUUGUCACUGCAGCCCAUUGUGCGGUGUUCUUUAGAAAUCCAGAAAAUAUGUUCAUAUUGGCUGGAUACUUCAAAUCGAAUGGGACUACUUCGUUUAAAAAGAUCUAUGAAGCUCAAGAAAUUACAAUUUAUCCCUCCUACAAUCAAUCAAGAGGGGACGAAAACGACAUAGCUCUCAUAAGAACUAAAACUUCCAUGGAAUGGUCUAGUUAUAUUGGACCUAUGUGCCUGCCGUUUGACCAAAUACACAAUACUUUUGAAAACUAUACAAAAGUCGAUACAGUUGGAUGGGGGACAAUUUCUUUUGCGGGAAGUCUUUCAAAAACACUUCAAACAGCCAGCGUUUAUGUUUUGUCCAAUUCUCAAUGCCAACUUGAACAACCAUCAGAAUUAUGUACAUAUGCUAAUGGAAAGGAUACUUGCCAACGAGAUUCUGGUGGACCAGUUACAUUGAAAGGAACUGUUCGAGAGUAUUUAAUUGGAGUAAUAAAUAGAGGUAAAUCAUGCGAUGGUUUUGGAAUCAACGCAAGAGUAACGUCUUAUCUUGAAUGGAUUUAUUAUAUGGCUAAUGGAGAUUUGUGUUAUAAACCAUAUAAUUAACUGUUAUUAGUUAUUUAUGCAAAUAAAAA